CAGUACAAGCUUCAGAACUGUAAAUAAAUCGGCUGAUGAAAAAUAUCGCGUGCCCUCUUUAGGCCAAAAUUUAUUUCGUCGCUGAUCGAAGGGCAUCUACGUGAAGAUCAAGAAAAAUACAUAAUAAACUGCAAAGAGAAGUCACCAAACAAUCCAUAUAGUUUGGUAACAAAAUGGGGGAGGAAGCGGUCAACCUUCCAUUACUCUCUGAUGGACGCACAGACCUUGGGACAGGUGUUUCGGACCAAGCGGCACCCACCAAAGGGGGUUUCACGCAGGCGCCCCCAGGGUUUCUUGGGAUGGAGGGGGCUAAUAGGCCCCUCUCUGAGAGGCAAAUUAGGUGUUGGAGUGCGUUGGAGUGGCUCAUGCGCGGGCGGCUCCUUCCAUAUCCUGGUGUGAUUGUUAGGAUGGCCCCAUCUGAGCUGUCUUGGGACCUUGUCCUGGGAUUCUUAGAUAGGGCGUACGCACGUGCAGUAGAAAGAGCAGAUGCAGGUUGGGUCUUCUGCCUGCACGAGUACCUCAGGGAACGUUUGUCCCUGGGGGAAUACAAGGAUCGGUUUGCCCUAUUAGAUGAAAGGGGUAGGGACGAUAAAUUAUUAUUCUUUGACCCAGACACUCCCUGGUGGGAACCCGCUAUGGCAUGGGAGCGUCGCUUCCCAAGAGGUCUGGCUUAUCUGCCUCAAUUCGAAGGAAGGUCAUCGGCGGCGACGGCAAAGGCGCCAUGGUCCCAGGGCUUGCAUGCUCCAGUGGCCUCGACCGCGAGGUGCGCUCCAGAGCAGGUGGGACCUAGUCUGAAACCAGCUGCCCUGUUAACCGCCCCCAAUUUUGAGGAGGAGGUUAUGAACAGCGGGAAGCCAUCUGCUGCGUCCAAAUUUGCACGACCAGACCGUCAGGAGUCCCCUUUCAAGGACAUGCGUGUCCCCGAAGCCCAGGCUGGGGGACCGUCCACGAGGGGGACUACCCCGCACGAGAAAAAGGAGGUGGGUAGGAGAGGCCUGGCAGGUGCACCCGCCACCCUGGGCAAGCGCACGUUUGGCGGGGCUACGGGAGGGCCGGUCAACAAGCGGAAAGUGAGGGGACCUUGUCCCCUUUGCCAGCAGCGGCCGCAUCAUAAGUUGAAGGUACAUGUGUACCGACACAUGCCGCCUGCACUCCGAUUGGGUCAGGAUAAACCUGCGGGGGAUGAUUUCCCCCUUCAUGAAGUAAUGGGGUGUCUACAGUUCUUGGCCAAGUGUUUCACUGGCACACAUAACCUGAACUCUCUUAUCCGGUUCGUGAACCGGAGUGCCCCCGACAACUGGAACUUGCACAUCCCACCGGCCAUGGAGGAGGAGAUGUUUCGCCUCCUAGAUCAGCUGGGAGCAUCCCGUCCUGAAAGUAUUACGGCGCAGCCAAUAAAUUCCAUCGCCGCAUUGCUCCACUGGCGUGUCCUGGCAUGGCUGGUGCAGCAGUUGACUGAGGAAGAAACUGUGCAGCUACAUCAACUCGGGGGAUCUAGCACCUCGGGGCAGGGGGAGGCUAUGCCAGCGGAAGCCGCGCAGCCCAAACUGGUGGGGAGCACUAUUCCCCAACGUCGGUAGCAAGGCAGCAGAGGCCACCACCGCCUGGGCCUGGCAGGGACAAUGUCCCUGCCAGGCCCAGGCGGUGGUGGCAGGGACAAUGUCCCUGCCACCACCACCUGGGUCUUGCAGGGAUUAUGUCCCAGCUCAAUUGGCUCUGCCUGCAGCAGGCGUGCUGACAACUGCUGAGGGGGGAGCAUCGGCUACCCCUAUGGCAUCGGAGGACUCAGCCUCGACCCUGGUUCGGAAACGAACCCAGGGGCUUAACGCGGAGGGUAAACGCAUGUCCUUCGCAGAGGCCGAUGCGAAAGCCCCUAUAUCCCUGGC